GGGCCCUUCCCGCUGCUCCCCAGGAGCCUCUCCCAGGGCAGAGCCCCCAGCCCGGCCAGGCCCCUUCCCGGCCCGGCCCCUGCCCCGGGGGGCCCCGCUCGGAGGGAAGGCUGAGGAAUCACGUCCACGUUUUGCUCCAGAUGGGCCUGUCUUCCAUGAGACAGGGAAGGGAAAUGUCUGUGAUGGAGCCAGCUCAGAUGCCGGUGACCUUCGAGGAGGUGGCUGUGUAUUUCACCCAGGGGCAGGGGGCUCUGCUGGACCCCGCUCAGAGAGCCCUCUACAGGGACGUCAUGCAGGAGAACUACGAGACGGUGACCUCACUGGGAUUCCCCCUUCCGAAACCUGAGCUGAUCGCCCGGCUGGAACGAGGGGAAGAGCCCUGGGUUUCUGAUCUCCAAGUCUGCGAGGAAAGAAGGCUUCUGAGAAGCACCCGUACAGCAGGUGCUGAGCGAGGGAGUGAGAAUGAGGCGGGGAAUCAUCAUGAGGAAGUUCCUGGGGAACUGGAACCGCAGGGGACCUUUGUGGGAAGAGCUGAAGGGAAUUUUUCCCAGUGCUUGGAGCAGGCAGAAGCCUGGGGAAGUUGGCACAGGUCAGAGAGGCUUCUGGGACACCUCCCAGGGAAGAAAGUGGAUGAAUCUGUUAACGGUGGGGGAGGAGAGGAGGAUCCCACAGCGCCGCAGACAAAUCCCAAGAAAGAGACACCCUGGCACUACCUUCAGUCUCUCGAGUGCGGGAAAUGUUUCAUAUCAAAGACACAAAUAAUUAGACAUCAGUUAAGCCACACAGGGGAGAGACCCCACAACUGCUUGGACUGUGGGAAAAGUUUAAUAAGAAAGUCAAACCUUGUUAAACAUCAGGCAUUACAAACAGGAGCGAGACCCCACAAGUGCUUGGACUGUGGGAAAAGUUUCAUAGAGCGGUCAGACCUUGUUAAACAUCAGGGGCUAUAA